AGAGACAAGAAGCAGGAACAGAAAGAGACGGUACAACAAACGAGUCGCUAAAGGUUUGUUUUGCAGACAGUCCCGAUGCUGUUAUAGUGCAGUUCAUAUUCUUUAUUCUCGUCCUGUCGGGAUUACAUGCGUUGAACCGACUGACAGCUUCUCUUGUUUUCAUUUUUUUACUGUUGAUCGCUAAAACGACGUUGACAGUGUUUGCUGUUGUGUUUUUCCAAAAUGCUUUAGUGAAAUGCGUCAUAGUCGUUGUCAAGGGGGUGUUUUUAAAGCAAUUUGGCUCACUUUGCAUCCGUGUAUUUACCUGUAAUAUCGCGUUAUUCUUAAUAAAUCUAAUGGCCCUCUUGUUUAUUUAGCAGCUGUUGUCAGACAACCUGAUAAGAACCCACUGUUGUGGACUACAGACUGAAUCUACGGCAGCAAAGAAAGGCCAUAUUAGCUGGUUUUCUUGUCCUAAUUGAACCACCACUGAACACUUAUUGUGGAAAUUUAAAUAUCACAGUAUUUAUAACAAUGCAAUGUAUUUAUAACAUGUGUUUUGCAUUCUUCUCUUUGAAAUACCCAGACGGUCAUUUCAAGUGGUGCAAUUUCAAAAACUUGGAUAAAAUUGUCCCCGGUUCCCAGUCGCUCAUUUCUACUUAUUUUUCUUGGAUCAAAUGUCUGACAGAAUAUAAUUUGACCCUCCAGGUGUUUUAGGUUGCAGCGACCCUCUCUGCUCAGAGUCCCCCCCCCCCCCCCACAGCUAAAAUGCCUUUCUUGGGCAAAGACUGGAGGUCGCCAGGAUGGAGCUGGACAAAGACGGAGCACGGCUGGAAGAGGAUUUUCCUCUAUGGACACGAGUUGGAAGAUAACAGAGAAAUAGACUUGAAAGGGCUCUGCAAUGACAACAAUAAGAAUCUGUUUGUUGGAGAUGUGUGUGAGCUCGCCACCACGAAGAGGAAAAAGGACCUCUACAACAAUAACACCAAAUCUCAGUUUAUUUUCGUGGAUAAAUGGAUCUGCGUGCACAACAGGAGCACAAAAGAACGACAUGUGUACUCCACGCUUGGUGAAGCCCUCAACCGUCUAGACUUUUCCAGUGCCAUUCAGGACUUGAGAAGAUUCAACUAUGUUGCAAAACUUUUCCAGUUAAUAGCCAGGUCUCAGCUGACCUCUUUGAGUGGAGCUGCACAGAAAAACUAUUUCAACAUACUGGAGAAGAUUGUACGAAAGGUUCUAGACGACCACUACAACCCGCGCCUUGUCAAGGAUUUGCUGCAGGACCUGAGCUUGACGCUGCACAAUCUGACGAUCCAUUUUGGCAGGUGUGUCCUCGUGGGCAACGUCAACAUCUGGUUGUGCCGACUGGAGACCAUUCACAAAUGGAAGCAGCAGAUCAACAACCUGCAGAUCCCCGAGCAAAUGUGCAACGGCAUGACGUUCAAGGACUUGCCGCUGCACAUGCAGAACAAGAUUCUCUGCGAGUUAUCUGAUGCCUAUGACAUCAUUAACGUCGGGCAAGCCAUGCCUGCUCUGCACAGCCUCAGUGAGGACAGGAUACUGUGGAGGAAACUCUGCCACUUUCACUUCUCAGACAAACAGUUCUGUAGGAAUUUGGUCCUAUCCAACAGUGAAAAAGUGGACUGGAAGCUGAUGUUCUUCACCCUGAAGAAGCAUUAUCCAAUGAAGGAGCAGUACGGCGACACCUUGCACUUCUGUAAAAACUGUAAAAUCCUCUUCUGGAAGGAUCGCCACCUGGCUUUGUCAUUCAAGGACUGUGGCCAUCCAUGCACUGCCAACGAUCCAGACAGCUGCCUCAUACCCAUUUCUCCACAGCACUUUAUCGACCUCUUCAAGUUCUAAACCCUCCGUGUUGGUCUUCAAGUGAACCGCCGUUUACGCUCACUCCCAAAGCAAGAGUGUGCGAGAGUGUGCGAGACCUUGAGGUUGUUUACCCAAAUAUAAAGGGCUUCAACUGAAAGAGAUUUCUUCAUUUCCUUACGCACAAGUGUUUCCAUAAGACAAAGACAAGUUUGUAGAUUUUAAGAAUGUUGAAAUAUAAAGUACUUUAAUGUUUUUCCUCCUCCUGCACAAAUGUUUGUCUUUUCGACAAAAAAAAAGGCUAUUCAUGAGAGGAACGACAAAAAUAAUAUUUAAAUGUAAUAUGUGAAAGGAUUUAUAUGUAGAAGGAAUUGUAGCAUGUUUAUGCUAGGUAAGUGCUGAUAGGUAAUGUCCAAGAGGUUGUUGUCUUUUUAAUGGAAAAAGGCAGGAAUAUUUACAGUGUGGCAGAAUAGGAUGACUCGUGUUAUUUGUUUGUUUAAUGGGGUUAACUAUUCUGCUUUUUGUUCUGGUCUGUUUUGGUGGUAUUUAAAUAAUAUGGUGGUAUAACUGUCAUGUUUGAGUCUCUGUUUACAUGCUGUAUGUUGUCCUUUGUGAAUUCUUGCUGUUGUCUGUACAUUAAUAAGAGAAAAUCAUUUUUAAAAAAACUCCGUAGGUUUUACAAUCUACUUUAGUCAGAACUGUCAAGUGACAGACAGGAAAUGUUAAACAUUAUUUAUGGGGAAAAAUAGUUUUGUAUCUUUCCUCCAACUUUUGUAAUAAUCCGUUACCGUCUCAAUACUCCUGGUGGAACCAUCGUGACUUUUAUGGGACAUGAACUAGCUAUAAAUAAUUAAACAUUUCUAAAAACCUG